AUGCUAGUCCGGCGUCAUCAAUUAUCUACGAAUACAGAAUCAAAAACUGACAUGAAUAGAUUAAAAACAUCAUCGAGAUUUUUACCAAAUAGUUUAUGUUUUCGAACAAGAUUUAAACGGUGGAUCUGGACACAAUAUGGAUUUUUGAUGAUAACUGCUAUUUUAGUAAUUUUUAUUAAUGAAGUUUUGCUCUAUGAAUGGAGUCGAGUUCAUUGGCCCGAUAUUGAAGAAUUAGCCAAAAAGCCUACUGUUGUAAAACUUCUUCUUGUUGCUGAUCCACAAUUAAUUGGUGAAAAAGAUGAAGGAUUUUUUGGACUAAUUACAAGACAGGAUUCCGAUAGAUAUCUUGCUAAAACGUUUUCUCAAGCAAAUCAAUAUGUCCAACCGGAUUGGAUUCUUUUUUUGGGCGAUAUCUUUGAUGAAGGUUUAUCAGCAACCGAUGAUGAAUUUAAACGAUAUUUUGAGCGAUUUGAUUCAAUAUUUCAAUAUGAAAAUCGUGAACAAAAAUGUAUUGUUAUCCCUGGUGACAAUGAUGUUGGUGGAGAAUAUUAUGGAGAUAAACACCCCAUAUUAAGGCAACGUUUUCGAAAUUAUUUUGGUCGAACGAUUGCUUUAUAUCGACAAAAUGAAAUUGAAUAUCUUAAAUUAGAUAUCGAUAUGUUUGAAUCUUAUGUUGAUGGUAAACGUGUUUCAAUAAUGGAACAAACGCAAAAUCGUCCAUUAACAUCUAUAUUUCGCAUCGUACUGAAUCAUUGGCCUUUAUUAACACGUUCUGCUCGUUUUGUUAAACCAUUUAUCAAUGAACUAGAACCAAAUCUUAUUCUCAAAGGUGAUAGUCAUCAUUUUCAUAUAUUUGCAUACGAUCGAAUUAAUAUGACCAAUCGUGUUAUGGCAAGAGAAUACUUAUCACAAUCAAUUCUUUCUAUCGAUCUGAAUGAAAAACGUUUUAUCUAUGAAAUAACUACACCAACAUGUUCAUAUCGAAUGGGUGUGGCGAGGAUUGGAUAUGUUGUUCUUUUACUUGAUAGUGCUACUAAAACGGCUCAUCUAGCUAUUCUUCCAACACCAAGACGAUAUAUAUCAUUAUAUAUUUAUGCCGCUUAUGGAAUCCUUUUCUUUAUUAAUUUAAUUUUAAUGUUACUGUUUCCAAGACGAUCUUUAUUUAAAUGGUUGACUACAAAUCGAUAA